AUGAUGGACAAAAGCACAAGAAAGAAUGGGGAAAUAUUGUCACAUAAAAUGGUAAAGUCAUCCCCUUGUAAAACGAUCAAAGCGCAAACAAUCUGUUUUUCCAAAGGAGAUCGACAUGAGAUUUACAAAACCAACUUUGCUGAUUUUUCAUCGGUAAAAACCUGUUGGAAAAGAAAGGAAUCUGAUGGGUGGAUGCAAAUUGGCCAGUUAUGCUCAACACUCAACAAAAUUGACGAUGAAAUUUUGAGAACUCAAGAAUCGAUUGAUCUACGUUGGGAAAGACCAGUCAUCCUUGGUGGCUAUGGUCAAAUCUCGACAAUUGAGAUGAGAUAUCGCGGACUACCUAACCAACAAUUCAUUGCAAAGAAUGCCCGCGAGGGACGACUCCUGUACGAGCUCAGAGAUGAAUGGAAUCUACUACCUGAAUUAGUUCUGAUUUUGGAAAAAUGUUGUGACGAAAAUCUGAAAGAACUGAUCAGCAAUGCAAAAAGAAUUUACUCGAUGUAUACGGUGGUUUGCUGGGCAAAACAACUUUUCUCAGCACUCGAUUAUCUACACGAGGAGAGACUCAUUCAUGGAGAUAUCAAAACCAAAAACAUUCUCCUAACUGAAAGAAAAGAUCGCAAAAAUGUUUACGACGUCAAACUGUGCGACUUUGGAGUCACAGUAAACAAAAAAGAGAGUGUAACAUUUUUAGUGCGAACUUGGGAAGAUUUUCAGAAAGGAACCCUUCUCUAUAUGAGUCCUGAAGCCUUUGACUGUUUGGUUUGCCAUCGUAGCGAUAUUUUUUGUCUCGGUUUGGUGCUCUGGGAAAUGAUUGAAAGAAGGAACUCGUAUUUGGAUGAAAAGAAAAAGCAACGAGAACCACCAAUCGUUUGUUGUAUCGACAACGAAAAACUUCGAAAACUGAUCUUUGAUUGCACAAGGAUUUCCUACAAGGAACGAGUGAAAGAUGCUAAAUUUGUUCUGCAGAAGUUAGAACCAAUGUUAGAGGACUAUGAAACUCGGUUGAACUUGAGUGCGGAGGUGAAAACUGAAGAAAGCGAGACAAUCCUUCGCCCACCGAUUGGCUUUGAUGGGGAAAGAGUGAAAGGAGAAUAUCCGAGGGAUGACUUGGAUGAUUUGCUGUCGCUGCACGACUUUGAAAACAAUGAUCAACCUACAAAUUAUUAUCACGUCGUGAAAUGGUUAACGCGGGAAAGGAACAAACUCGCCGAUAUGGCCGAGUACUAUUAUAACAAUUUACGCAAAACUGAGAAGACCACCAAAUCAUUCGCCAAGUUGCACGGAAGU